CGGACGCAUGCGCACAACGCUCAUCCGCGACUUCAGACGUCGCAGGCGAUUCCCAAGAAAAUUCAGACUGAAUAUAAGUCAAAAUAAAAUUGAAAAAACAGAGAUAUUUAUUAAAAUGGAUUAUAAUUAAAACGCGAUGUCACGUGGCACGCGUAAAAUUGUUCGAGUGUCAAAAUUUUUACUCGCUGGCGUGACAGUAUUUUGUGUUAGUUGGAUAGCCAGUGUCAACGAGUGGCAUUCGGGGUUGCGAUGGAGUGAGCGGCGUGUACAGGAGAACCUGUCAACUAUGAGGACCAUUGUCGGCUACUCGGAAGCCAAGCAGGCUGAGCUUGACAGGCCUUCCCCGGUAUCCUGCAGCACGCUCCCAGCUUUCCCGAAAAUACCUUUUAUUAAUCGUACCUGGUCACCCAACACCCAGAACGUAUCGUGGCAACAUGUGAGGGGGACAUCUGUGUCGCUGUACGCCGCAUACUAUGACGAGAGAACUCCUCAACGCUAUAUACGCAUUCUUGCUAAUUUUCGCGGUCGCAACAUAUCAUCUGAAGACUCAUUAUUCUGCCAAACAAGAUCAAUCGAUCCGAAUAAAUAUUUGGUAGAAGUUGUUGCAGCAAAGCCACAAGAAAUAUGGUGGCAUGAAUGGGACAACACACAAUCUGAAGUAGUAACUCCCCUUCUUCUUUCAUGCCCCUUGACAGAGGCUAUUAGUGAUACAUCGGUAAUAUCCAUUGUCACCCAACCAUGUGAAGAUCCCUCCAACGGUAUAAUACUGACCCCACCGAAGACUAAACAAAAAUAUGAAAGAAACUUCACAAUAUGUGUAAAAGAUAUGACAUUCAAGAAAGAUAUAUCAAAAAAUUUGGUUGAGUGGAUUGAAACAAAUAAGCUGCUCGGAGUAGAUAUGAUUGAUAUGUAUAUAGAUAGCUUAAGUGAGGAAAGCGAAGAAGUUCUUCUUCAUUAUCGCUCGCAAGGCAUAGUCCGUUUAUUUCAUGUUCCUAUUAAAUAUAGUUCCGAAAGAUCUCUAUGGCAGAGAAGGAGGGAUCAUAUUUUGACUUACAAUGAUUGUUUGUACAGAAAUCUAAGAGAAUCUAAAUUUAUUGUACCCCUAGAUGUGGACGAAAUUCUAGUGCCAAAAAUAGCAUAUACUUGGGGAGAACUGCUGAAGCGAUUGACCAACCAGGGUUGGAAUUCAAAUCGAUAUUCCGCAAUUUUAGUUCAAAACGUUUUCUUCUUCGACUUUCUGCAAGAAGUCCACAGAUAUAAAUCUAGAAAACACACAAACACAAGUAAAAUUUAUAUGAAAAGAGAUGACGUGCGAAUAAACGAUGAUCCAAACUUAGUAUUAGAAGAAAUUGAUUUAAUCCAUGAUAAAGCUGGUUAUAAAUAUGGAGUAGAUAGUGAAAUUUCAAAAAAUACGAUACAAAACAAACACAAGUCAGAUUGCGGCAAAGAAAUGCCAAUACCUAAAAUAGCCAGUCAUACUGUUAGCUCAGCAGUUAUUAGCCCUAUAGGACAUUACAGCAAGAGCUUUAUGCUCACAAAAAGAGUGCUGACAGCAUUUAAUCAUUAUCCUUUGGCUAGUCUCGGAGCGGCAGGUAUCGCUGGAUGGUCGGCGCCCUUUAAUGAAGUGCAACUCAACCAUUACAAGGAGUCAUGCAACUCUACAGUAGUGUCAGAGUGCGAAAUAUAUUCGAAAACAGCCCGGAUCGACCAUUCAGCAGCUCGUUUGAAAAGACGCCUUACAAGAGCGCUUGCCAUGGCACUCUGUUCUAAAUUAAAUAGUGUCUAA